AUGCCAGAACUGGUUCAGCAGUCCAGGAAGCGGCAGAGGUCCGUCAAACCGGGAUCUGUUCAUCCGUACGCGAUUCCACCGUCGCUAUCUCUUCAGAUGGUGAGCCACCCUUUGGGGGUGCGACCUGCAGGCAACCUUUUUCUGGCCGGAGAUAAAGCUGCAGAACAGUUGCACCGGUCCAUGGGCGACUUUGCGGCGUUUCCCGAGGAACUGAUCAUGCAGAUAGUUGAGGAACUGGACUCUGUGCGCGAUUUGAUCAGUUUGAUGAAAUCAUCGCGCUUUUUCUACGCAUUUACCAGCUUCGACGAGCUUUGGAAGCAGAUGUACUUAAAGGGCCAGACAUUUGACCGUUGGCGCGGCAGCUGGAAGACCAGCAUUCUGCGCACGUCACAGACGUUAGUCGACUGCAGCAUUGUGCACUCAGACUUGUUAUUUGUGCCGUACCAGAACUCGCACGUUGAUUAUCACAAAUUAUUCGAGCCAAUAAUAGCAGACGAGACCAGGCGCCAGUCGGAGGUUCUCGACGCCGCAAACGAUAUCCCAUACACUGGGUCGAUUCCGCGUGUUUCAGAGUCAUCGCUCACGCCUGAAAGGUUUGCCUCGUCGUUCCAUGAUCGGCCGUUUAUUCUCAAGUCGAAAAACCCAGCCCGUUGGCCCAACUGGACGCUAGACACCCUGAGCCAGCGGUUUCAGGACGUUUCUUUCCGCCAAGAGUGUGUAGACUGGCCAUUACGGCUAUACACAGAGUACUGUGCCAACAAUCUGGACGAGUCGCCGCUUUAUCUGUUUGAUUGCAACUCGGAAGCCAUGCAGCAGCUGAAAAACGAGUUUGCCAGACCUGCCGUGUUUUCCGACGACAUGUUUGACGUAUUCACACGCCACGGUCUCUCGUGCCGCCCGGACCACACGUGGCUGAUCAUGGGCCCGCACCGGUCGGGCUCCACGUUCCACAAGGACCCUAACAACACGUCUGCGUGGAACACCGUGCUGGACGGGUCCAAGCUGUGGAUCAUGCUGCCGCCGCACGUGACGCCGCCCGGGGUGCACACGAACGAGGACGAGAGCGAGGUGACGUCGCCGCUGGGACUGGCCGAGUGGGUGUUGUCUGGGUUCUUCAACGAUACACUCAAAAUUGCGCGCGAAGAGCCCCGCUGCACCAUAGGGAUCACGUUCCCUGGCGAGUGUAUACACGUCCCUGCCGGAUGGUGGCACAUGGUGAUCAACCUGGAGGACUCUGUGGCCUUGACUGCGAACUUUGUGCCCGAGUGCAAGCUCGAGGAGGUGGCCCGGUUCUUCAGAGACAAGCCUGACCAGAUCUCCGGCUUCCAUGCGGCCACGGUGCUGGAAUUUGUGCGCAAGUGCGUUGAUGCUGGCGAGAUGGAUACAGAGAUCUUGCGGCAGGUCGGCGAGGUCGAUUCGAACGAGGACGUGGGCGAGUCUGGCGUCGAGCUACCAAUCUACGACAUUUUUCACCGUCUGCUACAACUCAACGGCAGAGAGCUCAAACAGCCUAAAAACGCAUGGAAAACCCUCACGCAGCAAGCGACCGGGUUCAAGUUUGCCAUGGACUUCGAAUAG